UUCUCCCUUUCUCCUCCAAGUCCUUUCUCAAUUCUCCAGCAUGGUAUCAGAGUUUCAAUGAUCUUGAGGGACCUCUGAGAGUGAAUUUGAGUAAACACCAGAAAAAAAAAAAAUCGUACCUUUCUUUGCUUUUUAGAUGGUUUUUCAUGUGAAACCCCUCUUGCUUGGCCAAAAUCUUGCAGCAAAAAAGGCUGUGAAGAUGGAGGCAUAUGUUAGUCCCACCAGGGGAGAUGUCAAGGAGAGGAAAGCUAGAUUCAAAGAGAAGGUGUCCAUGGAUUCUACAGCCAAGCCCAAAGGGAAAAAGUCUGUCAAGGGUGCAGCCUGAGAAACGAAGGAAAACUCAGAGCAUGCAUCAAGUCAUGUUCACCAAAAAGUUGAAUCUGACGUGACCCUAAUGAAGUUGUAGAGUAAAAGAAGAAAACUGAGCAACUCAUGGGAAAGCUCAGCAAAACUCCAAAAACUUGUUGAAGCAGCAAAUCCAAGCAAGAUGAAGCUGCAACAUUGAAGGAGGAGCUGA